CUCGACCGAUCGCCACUCAGUUGAGAGCCGGACACCGAACGCCUCGUAACGAGCGGACACGACUCUCAUUCGUAAAUAAACAAAGGACCGUCGUUUCGAUUUUCAUAUAUUUUAUACACGCUAACAGCAUACAAGCCAAGAAGAAAAAUGACGAAAGCAAUUGUCACGCUCGCCGUUUGUGCGCUGCUCGUAGCUUUGGCCAGUGCUACUCGAGUCAACGAGUGCAAGAGUGGUAAAGCGAUUGAAGAUACGACAAAGGUCCAAAUCACGAAUUGCGAGACACCUCCAUGCAAACUGAAGAAACGCACCAAAGUUCAAAUUGUACAACGUUUCACACCAAACCGCGAUGUUCAGAGUGUCAAGACAGCUGUUUACGCGACCAUCUUGGGUGUACCAUUACCUUUUGUAGGCGUCGAUGGAACUGAUGCAUGUGGAAAAGUAUUCAACGCAGCCGACGGAUCACCAGCUCCAUGCCCACUCAAGAAAGGAGUUGAAUACCUUUACAAAAACGAAUUCCCAAUUCUGCCAAUCUACCCAACGGUACAAUUGGUCGUGCACUGGGCUCUUGAAGAACCUGACAAGAAGGUUGUAGCAUGCUUCGAAGUCCCAUCAAGGAUCACUGUGUAGAUUUUUUGUUUAGGUGAAAUGUGUUCACAAUAAAGUUAUUUUGCCUUUUAAAUCCAAAUUUUCAAAAUGAAUGUACAAUAGCACCUCAUUUCAAUGAAUAGUUGGUUAAACUUUGUGUUUACUGUGCGCGUGUGGGAGUGUGUGUGUUUUUAAUUGUUAUGAACGUUUUUUACGAUGUAAUUCCAUUGAAUUUAAUAAAACAAUAAUUUUUUUUAAUAGUACAA